GCGCGUCGUUUCUGUGGACACUCCAGAAGUUUUGGUGGCGAUUUUUAAAGGUGCAAUGCGAUGGAGUGGCAAUUCAUCAUACCACAGGCAAGAGCGGAGUUACUUCGUUCGGACAAAAACCAUUACUGCGUCGGCCGAGUGCUUAACGCCGCCAAAGUUCCGGAUGCGCUGCAGGCGUCUCGCGUAGUUUCGACUGAUCCGUUCGCUAUAUUCGAUCAUUUUGAUACGUUCUAUUCGGUGAUCGACAAUGAGAAGGGUUUGGCCGGAGUGUAUCUGGUGCGCGCCUACGACCAGCUGUAUGGCGCUAUCGACAAGCUGGGCAGUACGAUGGCGGAACUGCUGUCCCGGAAGGAAAUGGACACAACCGACCGUCAAUCGUCGCUGAAUGCGUUAAAAAUGUUUGCGUUUCUGGUAAAUGGGAUGGUAAAGGUGAUCGAUUCGCAUGUAAAUACAGCGAAUGAGAAAAUCACCACCAAGAAAACCAAAAAGCAGUCAGUAAACGAACAGGCGGAAGCGCUAGAUUGGGACAAUAAACGGUACCAGUGCAUCGUUCAGCUGUACAACUUGAUGCAGCUGCCGUUGGAGAAGCUAUGGGAGCCACCGGUCUGCGAGGAAUCGUUCGUAGACGUAAUUUGCGAUGUUUGCUAUCGAACGCUGGAGCAGUCGUACGUGCGAACCCGCAAUAUCGCGGACAGUGUGUUCCAGAUACUUGGCACAGCCAUCAAACGCUACAACCAUUCGCUAGCGUUCCCGGUGCGCAUUCUGCAAAUAAUCGAACAUUUCGAAACGGCGAUCCCUCCGGUUGCGGCGGGCGUACUGCUGCUCUACGAAGAGUUCGGCAUACAAACGAUCUAUCCCGUGAUCAUAAAGGAAAUUAUCGAACGUCUGAGUGUGGAUUCGGCCGAUUCGCAAACGGCGAAAUUUUACAGCCUUUUCCUGCUCGAGCUCGGUACACUUGCCCCGAAGCUUAUGAUACCACAUCUGUCGAUGCUCAGCGAAGAGCUGCUCAAUCUGGAAUCGUACACACUGCGAAACUGUGUUUUGCAGAUUAUGGGCGAAGCGAUCGUUAGCGAGCUUACGUCGGAAGAGCUAUCCGAUGAGCUAAAGGAGACGCGGGAUGAGUUUCUGGACGAUCUGCUUAAUCACAUUAUGGACAUAUCGGCCCAUGUACGUUCAAAGGUUUUGCAAGUUUGGUUGAAUCUCAAAGAGAACAAUGCGGUACCGCUCGCCUGGAUACAUAAGGUGCUAAAUAUGGCGGUUGAACGGUUGGAGGAUAAGGCGCUGGUAGUGCGGAAGCAGGCGAUCGCUUUGAUUAAAGCUUUCCUCGAGCACAAUCCAUUUUCCGCGAAGCUAUCGCUCGCCGAACUAAGGGCCCAGUACGAGGAGGAAGAGAAAAAGCUGCAGGACUUACGCACACAGCUAGUGGAGCACAACGCUAAAAUGAAGACGAAGGAAGAAGAAUGGGAAGACAUCGUGGUGCAAAUGUAUCCGAUCGUAACAGAGCUGUUCGGCAAGGAGCCCGACGAUCUGGAAACUGCAACCGAAGCCGAUGUAAAGCUGCUUUCGGAGAGUAUCAUAACGCUACUGAAGGAGGAAAAUUACAAGGAACUAGUACGGCUGGUACAGCGGGCCGAUUACGCGCUGGGCAAUAGCGAUGAACGUAAGGAGAUGACUUUCGAGCAUCAGUGCAUGUAUUACAUUACGCUGCUAAAGAGCUACUUCAUUCAUGGUCACGCGAAUGCGGAACUGAGUGCCGAAGUCGAGAGGGUGGAAAACUCCGUGAAGUUCCUGCACGAUUCGCUACGCUUUUCGGAGCUGAUAUCGAAUGCCGUUCCCAAGUUGCUGGAAAUGCUGAUGUCGAAGGCUCAAACGGAUGUGCACGGUGCGAUCGAUUUCUUUACCUCGGCGUAUCUGUUCGGGAUCAAGGGUACGGAACAGGGUAUGCAGCAAAUGCUUUACCUCGUUUGGUCUUCCGACAAGGAAAAGCGCGAGAACGUAACAGCUGCCUACAAACGGGUACUGUUCGAAACGAACCUACAGGGCCGAGCGCACACAGUAAAGGUGGUGCGAAAUUUGAGCCAAUUUCUGAUCAAUUUAACUUGCGGUCAAUAUACCGCAAUGGAGGUGAUAAUACAGGAGUGGGUCGAGAGUGGUGAUAUCGAUGCGCAGAUGAUUCAGGUUUUGUUCGAAAUCUACACAAUGAAGCUCGAGAACGUGACGGCGGAAGAAGCGCGUCAGGCACUCCAGUUGCUGGUGAUGGUAGCGGCCGCUAAACCGUCGGUUGUAACUGCCAACCAAAAGCUGCUGGAAACGAUCGGGCUAGAGGAUCGUGGCCGGCGUGAUCCACGCAUUUUUGUGGGCACACUGGAGCUGCUCAUGAACUCGCUACCUCAGCCGUCGAACAGUUCGAAAUACUACAAGCGCUACGAUCAUUCGGCAUCGACCGUGCAGCACGUUAUCGACCUGUACACUAAGCUAUUCUUCUGCUCCCAGGUGCAUUCGUUCGACGACAUUGGCACGAAAGUGUUUGACUUUAUUUACAAAAUGGUCAAAACGCCCGAUCUUUUGUCACAAUCGAUUGUGGUCGCUUUAUACGAACGUUUGCAGAAGUGCGCGACGGACAAGAAUGCGGCGUUGGAAGCAGCCGGUGACGAAAACCGGCUGACGCAGCUGAGCCAAAUUUCAGGAUCUACGCAAGAAAUGAGCUCUCGCGCAUCAUCGCAAUCUGCAACCUCCGUAACACAGCCGGAAGAGCUGCUGCUUACCAUACCACACUUUUUGGCAGCACGAUUCAUCUUCACGAUCGGGUACGUGGCGAUGCGCGAGAUGAUCUAUCUGGACAUUGAUGUGUACAGCAACAUGAAGUACCGUCAGGAGUUGAAGGAUGAGUUGAAGAAUCAGAAAAAGAAAAAUGCCGCAUUGGCAGGGAAAAAGCAGUUGAUGGCAACACCGGUCAGUGCUGGAAAGGCGGCAAACAUGCGCAAAUCUCUUUCCACCUCUAUGAACGUAUCAGCUAGUAAUGCACUGAAGCGUCUGUCCGGAUCGACCGGUAAUAAUGGACCCGAGCAGACGGUCGAACCAGAAGAGGAACUACUUAGCGGCGCCACGGCCGAGGAUGCAGUAGCGGAGGAGAUCAAUUACAUUUGCGAGCAGGAGCUACUGUACGGGAAGAAUAAUUUGCUGAACCGAUUAAUUCCUACCGUGCUGGAGGUAUGCAAGUUCCCGAACCGCUACAAGGAUGAGCUGCUGCAAAAGGCGGCCGUGCUGACGCUUAUUCGGCUGAUGGCCGUGUCGUCCAAGUUCUGCGAGGAUAACAUGUCGUUCCUGAUGAACAUUUUCAAGCACACGAGAAACACCAACAUAAAGUGUAAUAUCGUAAUUGGGCUGUCCGAUUUUACCUUCCGCUUUCCGAACGUGAUCGAACCAUGGACCAAGCACAUGUACGCCACGCUGCACGAAGAAAACGUGGAGUUGCGCAUGACGGCAGUGAAGAUGCUGUCCCAUCUGAUCCUGCACGAGAUGAUUCGGGUGAAGGGACAAAUAUCGGAUCUUGCGCUCUGUAUCGUGGAUCCGGUGAAGGAGAUACGCACCAUCACGGAGCAGUUCUUUAAGGAGAUUGCAAACAAAUCGAACAUCCUGUACAAUGUGCUGCCCGACAUCAUUUCUCGAUUGAGCGAUCCGAAGCUGGAACUCGAAGAGGAAAAGUAUCACAUCAUAAUGCGCUACAUUAUUGGGCUUAUUAAUAAGGACAAACAGAUUGAGAGUUUGGUCGAGAAGUUGUGCUUACGGUUCCGGGUGACGAAAGAGGUACGUCAGUGGCGGGACAUUGCAUUCUGUCUGUCGCUGCUAUCGUACAAUGAGAAGACGAUCAAGAAGUUGGUGGAAAACAUAGGCUGCUUUAAGGAUAAGGUGCAGCAUGAGGAGAUUUAUCAAGCAUUCCGUACGAUCAUCAGCAACACGAGUAAACUGGCAAAGGCGGAACUGAAGAGUGCAGUGGUUGAAUUUGAGACCCGGUUAAAGGAAUGCUUAGAGGUGCGCGAUGAAGUGGCGAAUGCAGCAGGAACAACUAACUCAGCCGGAUCUUCGGAUGAAGGGAACGAUGAACGGGCAUCGACUUCGGGUAGAAAGGGCCAGGCGGCGACAACCGUUGGGCGUAAAGGAUCCAAACCACCAGCUGCUGUAAAUAAGAGCGGCAGGAAAGCGGCAGCAGGAGGAGGAGGAGGAAGUAAUAAAUCAGCAACGGGCCGUCGCGCCGUUGCUGGCAGACGCGGGACAAAACAAGCAGCAGUUUCGUCCGACGAGGACGAAAGCGACAGUGAGGAAGAAAAUCUGCCCCCAGCAACGAGUUCACGAGCCGCGGUCCGGGCCCGCCAGAACAUGAAGAUUACCAAAGUCAUUGAAAGUGACAAUUCAGAUGACGAUGAGGAAGAGAUGCCACCGAAACGUGGGAAAACGAAACGGUAGCAUCCGGUCG